CAAGUCCAUUAUAAUUAUUUAAGAUUAAUUUUUAUUUUAUUCUGACUUCUACUAGGUGUCCUUUUAUCACGAUUUUAGAUAGAAUUAUAUUUGUAAAUGUGGGUAUCAAAUUUAUUUUCAGUCGUUUAGUAUACUUCAAUAAUUGGACGGAGGUAAAGCACUGUAUAUGAGAACAAUUAAAGUAUAUGUACCACCACUCACCAAUAAAACAGUAAUAACUAAUAACAACCACGGUCUGUGAUCUUUGAAAGUUAGACCUUAGAAGACCUAAUAGUAGUAAUAUUUAUUAUUAAGUAUUUUUAAUUUGUAUAAGACUAUAGUCCGUGAUGACUGAUGACAAUUAUAAACAAACGAGUGAUUUAGCAAUACUUUUACGGAACAGUUACGGCACAGUCUCGACUUAAUGGAAUAAUAUGCAUUGCGUAGUUAUAUCAUUGUGUUCAGUGUUGCAUACUUAUUACUUACUAUAUGGUUCCUACAACUUGUGUCUUGUACUUUCGUCUGAAUGUCUAAUGUUUAUAAUAACACCCAUUGUUAUUAAACAUACCUUGAUAACACCAGUGGAAACUAACAAAACAUUUUCAAAAGUGUAAUCUGUUAUCACAGUGUAACCAACAUUAAUCACGAAACAUGACUAUUUUUAACGGUUUUUUUAUAUUACUAAAGUAGUGAAGUACGAAGUAUAAUAGUUCAUCUUCAUUAUUCACUAUUCAGUUAUCGAUAGUAUUUAGGAUUAGGACUCAAUCUUAUAAUCAGUCGUUACGAUUUACGAAUUCACAAUUACAUUUGUCAUUUACCCAGUGAACAGUAUAAACAUUAAUACUAACUUCGUCUUUCUUGACUGGAUUUGAAAAUUGUUUUCUUUACAUCAAAUAUGUACAACUAAGAAACCAUUUAAUCAAAUAAUUUUAUGAAUUAUUCAAUUACUAGUUAUUUGUUUGAUAUUUAUAGCAUUUUUAACUGAAAAUGUUCUAAUAACCAAGUUUAUCUUGUGCAGUGUUGUGGUAGUUUUUAGUUAUAAUAUAUAAACAUCUAAAUCUGAUUGAUUUAUACCAUCGAUAAAAGAAACUACCUGACCUAUUUUUACAAAAUAGAUCAAAAUGAAAAAAUCAGCUAAAAUGCGAUUUAAUACCAAGCCAAAACAAAAUGAAAAAGUAGAAAAUAAAUUAAUGAAUGAAAACUCUGGUAGAAUCAAAACAUCAAUAAAAAAUAAGUCAGAUAAAGAAAAUUAUAAUCUUUUUGAUUCUAGUUUAGAAUUAUUUGAUACAUUUAAACCCAGAUCAAAAACAAAAAUUAAUUCUAAACAAAAAUCAAAUGAUAAUACUAAUGCUGAUCACAUUGAUUUUCCAAAAGAAUCGGACAUAGAAUCAAAAAAAAGUAUAAAUUUUGAUAUGUCAAUUCUUAGUAUCAGUUCUGGUUCAGAUGAUAGUUUCAAAUCAUUUACAAGUUUACAUUCAAACCCUAUUCAAAAUAUUAAUUCAAAAGAUUUGUCUUGUACUGAAGGCAGCUUUACUAAAAUCAAAAGCAAAGAUGAAUUUAAAAAUAGUUAUACUACACCAGUUAAAAAGCAUAUUCAAAGCAACCAUCUCUCAGAAUCUGCUAAACUAUUAGACCGCAUCUAUGGUAAAGAAUGGCGAUGUGUUGAUGGAGUACUUCAGAAUUCAAAAACAAAGUAUUUAAGCGAUGAACUCUAUGGAGAUUAUAAUGAGUGUUAUAAUGAAAAUAUUUCAAGCAAAAGUGACAAUGAAAUUAAACGCUCAUUAUCUCGUGAAUUUUCAAAAAAACAUGAAGAAUACAAUAUUCAAAAUAAAGUGGACGAUACUUCAAUAAUUUUAGAAAAUUUCAGUUUAUCCAAUGAUAUAACUGAUAAAUUAAAUAUUAUUCAUCCUUCUGGAAGUCAAAUAGAUUAUAAGUCUUCAAAGCAUCAUACAAAUGAAAACCAACUGAGUAAUUUGAAAACUAAUAAAGACAAAAAAUUGAAAGAAGAUACUGAUAUAAAAAAAAUUGAUGCUCACAAAAAUCUACAAUCUAAAAUACCAAUUAAAUCUAAGUUAGAACCAACACUAUCAUUUUUGAGUUCUCUAUCAUGUUUUACUGGAUCUAUGCAGUGUGAUCCUGAAGCUCAAAAGUAUAAAGUAAAGUUUAAAAAAAACAAAGAUGAUUUAGUGUCAAUAUUAUUUAAAUUAUUCAACAAAGAAGUAUUUGACAAUGAGCUUCCUGCUGAUAUGAAUUUCAAAUGGAAUGCACGAUUAAGGUCAACUGCUGGUGCGUGUUUCAAUAAGCGUUCAGUCAAAAUAAACAAAAAUCUAGAAUGUGAAAGGGUUUCUCGCAUCGAACUUUCUACUAAAAUUAUUGAUACAGCUGAAAGAUUAAGAGAUACAUUAAUUCAUGAACUUUGCCAUGCCGCUUGUUGGAUAUUUAAUGGUAUUUCAGAAGGACAUGGCCCAGCAUGGAAAAGCUGGGCAAAUAAAGCUAUGCAAAAGUUUCCAGAACUCCCAAUUAUAAAAAGAUGCCAUAGUUAUGACAUACAAACUAAAUUUACAUACAAAUGUGUAAAAUGUGGCUAUAGUUUUGGGCGUCAUUCAAAAUCAUUAAAUUUGGAGAAAAAAAGAUGUGGACACUGUUAUGGAGAAUUUGAAUUAAUCAAAAACAAAAUUAAUAAUAACCCAAUCCAUAAUAACAAUUUUCCAGUUGUUCAUGAGGACCCUUUGAAAGAAUUAUAUAAUUUAAAUGAUGUACAAGAAAAGCCUAAACUCCCUAAAAAACUAUCAACAUUUGCUAUAUUUGUAAAAGAAAAUUAUAGCCGAGUAAAAAGAGAAAAUCCUUUAUCAAAGCAUGGUGAAAUAAUGAAAUUACUUGGAUCCCAAUUUGCAACAACUAAAGUAUUGACUCCUGACGAAGUGUUUGAUAAAUUAUUUGAUAGUUAACAAUACUAUUCAAAAUGUAAUUUGAUCUUAGCUUUUUGACGAAGACUAAACAUAUAUUUUUAAAUUAAUAUAAAUUUAAGUUGAAUUUUAGAGAAAUAUAUAAUGAUAUAAUACUAGU